UGGGGCCGCGUUCACCGGCCCGGCCGGCCGUGGGCGAUAACUCGGAGCGGGCCGGAGCGGGUGGUGGCUGUCCUGCCCCGACGGUCGCACCAUGGCGGAGGAGGAGCUGGAGGCUCUGCGGAAGCAGAGGCUGGCGGAGCUGCAGGCCAAGCACGGGGAUCCUGGAGAUGCAGCACAACAGGAAGCCAAGCACAGAGAAGCAGAAAUGAGAAACAGUAUCUUAGCUCAAGUUCUGGACCAGUCAGCCCGGGCCGGGUUAAGCAACUUAGCACUUGUAAAGCCCGAAAAAACUAAAGGAGUAGAGAAUUACCUUAUACAGAUGGCAAGAUAUGGACAACUAAAUGGGAAGGUAACAGAACAAGGUUUAAUAGAAAUCCUUGAAAAAGUAAGCCAACAAACAGAAAAGAAAACCACAGUUAAAUUCAACAGAAGAAAAGUAAUGGACUCUGAUGAAGAUGACGAUUAUUGAAUUUAAGAUGCAUAGACUCUGGAACUUAAUGGAACAAUUCCAGGACAGAUAAUACUUGGCAGUUAAGAUCUGAUUGAAUGUUCGCUUUGUUUAUUGUUUAUAUACUUUUAGAAAAGUAAACUUGUUAUGUAAAAUAAA